CGGCGAGCUCACUUUCGCAUUCCACGGCGCAAGAGCAUGCGGUGGGCAGCCACAAUCCUCGUGCUCGCGCUCACGUCGGUGACGGGUCGCGAAUUUAGCCAGCGCCAUCGCCUCGACGACUUCCGCGGCCACCAGCACCACAUCCAGUACUACCCUGAGGUGGCUGCUGGCACUGGCAUCGCGUCAUCUGUCACGGAGCAUAACUACACGAAAGCCGUCGUCGAUCACUUUGCCCCAGUGUCCGCGACCAAGUACUGGAACCAGCGGUACUUCAUUAACGACGAGUUCUGGGCCGGGGAACGGUUUCCCGUCUUCUUGUACAUUGGCGGCGAAGGCCCGUUGACGGCGACCGCGCUCUCCAAGAGGAACUACAUCCACGAACUGGCGCAGCAGCACCGAGCGCUUCUCGUGGGAGUCGAGCAUCGCUUCUACGGCACGUCGUACCCCACGCCCAACAUGACGACGGACAACCUGCGUUACCUGUCGAGUCAACAAGCGCUGUUCGAUCUGGCGCGCAUCCACGCGUAUCUGACAGACGUGUAUGGUCUUCAGCGCAGUGCGUGGGUGGCGUUUGGUGGCAGCUACCCUGGCGCGUUGGCGGCAUGGUUCAAGCUCAAGUACCCGCACUUGGUCCGGGGCAGCGUCGCGAGUUCGGCUCCGCUCGUCGCCAAGGAGAACUUUGAAGAGUACAUGGAGGUCGUGGGGUCUGGGCUUCGUUAUUUUGGCGGCGGCGACUGCUACCGCGCGGUGGAGAACGCGAUCACCUCGUUUCACGCGCUGGUGACGGACUCGUCCGACGCAUCCAAGGCCACGUUGGAGCGCCGGUUUAAGCCAUGCACGCCGCGCCGGAACGAAUUCGACGAUUCGGUCUUGGAGUCGUCCGUGAUGUCGCUGUUCCAAGAUGUGGCCCAGUACAACGACGAAAAGGGCGGGUUAACGUUGACCGAUGUGUGCCGCAUCUUCACCAACCAAACGGCCGACUCGCUCACGCAGCUCGAGACGUUUGUCGGCCUGCAAAACCCCAAGUCGUGCCUGGACUCGAGCUUCCAAGGGUCGGCCAACGGGACAGUCGAAGUCCUUCGGGACGUCCGCUUCAACGGCCACACUAGUGCGCGCCAGUGGUUCUACCAAACGUGCAACGAGUUCGGGUACUUUCAAACGACCACGAGCGCCAGGUCGCCGUUCGUUGCGCUCAAGACGCAGACGCUGCAGAACGUUGGCCUGGAAGUGUGCAAGCGCGUGUUUGGCAUCGAAACGAGCCCGGACAUUGCGCGCACCAACAACUAUUACGGCGCGCUCGGCAUUGACGUCGACAACGUUGUGUUUCCGAGCGGCACCAUCGAUCCGUGGCACGUGCUGGCCGUCGACAACACGACCAAGUUGGCCACCACGUCGUCGCGCGCCAUCUUUAUCCAAGGCACGGCCCAUUGUGCAGACAUGCUCGCCCGCAACGCAACCAAAGACUCGGGCCACUUGGUCUGGGCCCGCCAACAAAUUGCUGCCGCAGUCGCGUCGUUCGUCGGCGGCACACCGGUGCUUGCGAACGAAUAAUGAUUCUCGAAUCGGUUCGUGUUUCGAUAAAUGGGGGGUGUCGUCCCCGAUCGAGUCGUCCCCACCACCAAUGUCACUUCAAAACGAGCACAAGGCAUCG